AUGAAACCCCGUCUACAGUGCAUGGUCCCGCCAUCUUUGGCCCUUGCGCUGCGUGUUUCCAGACUGGCCGGGAUCGCACCCUUGAAAUUCGUCGCUAAACAGAGUAACAUUAUGAUACGUCUGUCCACCAGCUUAUGUGUAUACAGCUAUUUACUUGUUACCGCUCUGAACGUGUGUACCCUCAUAGCUGUUAUGAUUGACUUUUCCGUGCCCGUAAAACUAUCAAUUCGGAUGCAAACAGAAACCAAGAGGUUUGUGUGGAUAGCAGACGUCGUUAUUGUGGGUAUGCUUAGCGGCGUCGGGGUGUACACGGCGCCCAUACAGAUGAGGAGACUGAUCGCUUACCUUCACAGAAUACAUAAGAUAAAUUCUGAUUUACAAACAUACAGCUCAUCACUUACGGACAAGAUGCUGCAUAGACUGACUAUUGGAAUGUUAUUAAUUACCUCUGUAAUUAUAGUGACCGAUUUCACGUUCGUCAUGUACCUUGCUGAUUUAAACCACAGGCAACUGCUAAUAGCCAUAAUGUACUGGUGCUACUACUGCAGCUACUUCAUAGCGCAUCUCUUGGAGAUGCAAUUCGUACUGAUCGCGGCACUGGCACUCUCUUCCUUGAAGUUGGUUAACAACGGACUGAGGACACUACUACACCAAAGCGGGAUCGAGUCUUUAACAGAAAUUCCGAACUCCAAUGAACAACACAUGGCGAAUGCGGUUCUUCCGCAACCACCAAAAAAAUCUGUCAACAAUUCUAUUGACACACUCGCUUUCGUCGUGACAAAACGUUCAGUACGUUUUCCCACUGCCGGAUGGACGGAUCAGAGAACCAUACGGCGUCUCGCUCUUUCAUACGGCUCAAUCUGCGAGGUGGUGAGACAGAUCGACAACAAUAACGGAAUCAUAGUAUUAUUGUUACUGGCCUCGUUCUUACUGCAUUUGGUCGUGACUCCGUACUACCUCAUAAUUUCUUUCGUAACUGAAUCUCCGCACACGGGCUUCGAAAAAGUUUUAAAUCCCAUUUUGCAAACGGUGUGGUGUUUAUACCACACGUUUGGUCUCGUCAUGAUUAUUGAGCCGUGUCACAGAACGCAUGAAGAGAUGGAAACAACUCGCGAGCUGGUCAGUCGGGUGAUGUGCAGCGCAGACCCCCGCGACCCUAUCUCUGUCGAGCUGGAGAUGUUCUUUCGACAGUUGGUUCUGAAUAAGGCCUCAUAUGCUCCACUGAAGGUCUGCACGCUCACAAGAUCCCUAGUGGCAACGAUCCUGGGCAGCAUCACAACAUACCUAAUAGUGAUAGUUCAGCUGGAAAUUAAAAAUAUGCAAUAAAAUUACUCCUG